AUGACCAAAGAAGGUCUCAUUGGUCCUGAAAAUGCCAUGCUCUUCCUGAACGGCUUCCACUUCAUCAGCGGCGAGCCUGAUCACUACCUCCAAGCAAACCACCACUGUAGUCUGGUGGGUAACACGGGAUUCGAUGCCUUCAUCCAAUGCGCUAUCUACGUGCCCGGUACCCAACCAGCUCGACUCGCAGGCAUCGAGUACAUCGUGUCCGGCGACGCUUUCGCCUCGUUUCCCAUAGAAGAACGCCAACUCUGGCACAGUCACCAAUUCGAAGUUUCGUCGGGUUACCUCAUUGAACCCGGACUCCCAGAGACCGUGGACAAAGAGAUUAUGAAGAUCCUGGUCAACUCGUAUGGCAAGACGGUGCAUACCUGGCGAUGGGAUCAGAAAAACAACACACUGCCACUCGGCAUCCCGGAACUUGUCAACGGGUAUACGGGACAUGGACAGCUACCGCCGGAUUUCGUGGAGGAACGCGAUGAUUACUACGAGGUCAAUUCGACCAAGAUUUCGCAGUCACGCCGCGACAUCGUGGUGCCGGAAGUUCAACGUGGUGCAGAUGUGUGGAAGGAAGGAAUCAUCCUCACGCUGGGUCUCGUCAACAACACCGGUUCCACCAAUUUUGAUGUUUGA